AUGAAGGCUGUGCGCGGCCUCCUCCUGCUCCUGGGUCUCCUCACCCUCCUGGCUGAGCUGCCCCUUUCCGGGGGACAGAAACCAGGAAGGUGCCUCCUCCCGGCGGUCACUGGACCGUGCAGAGCCUACAAGCGGCGCUUUUUCUACAACCGGGCUUCUCGCCGGUGUGGGCGGUUCAUCUACGGCGGCUGUCGUGGAAACGCCAACAAUUUUAAGACUCUCCAGGAAUGCCGGUUCACCUGUGAAGGAUCCCAGGUCAAGGGAGAGGCCUGCCCGGUGUCCCGAGAGGCCUCGUGCUUGCUGGACCUGACCCUGUUAGAACUUUAUGUCUUACCAGGUGGCCCCAGCUCUCUCCUGGUGGCCAACCCUUCCAGGUCCUUCCUCCCACCCCCUUCUGCUUCUCCUCCUCCUGAAAGUGUCUCUGCUGCUGCUUGA